AUGGCGACCGACUCGCCAGCGCCGACUUUCCCCCUCCCGCCCAUCCUCGAGCACCCCGCGUCGACGCCGCCUUCGCUCGUCGCCCAAGGGGCCGAAGGGCGUCUCUACAAGACGACGUAUCUGCAGCCCGACGUCCCCUGCGCCCUCAAAUACCGCCCGCCCAAGCCGUGGAGGCACCCGAUUCUCGACCAGCGCCUGACCAAGCACCGCAUUCUGUCCGAGGCACGCAUCUUGGCAAAGUGCCGCAGGGACGGCGUCCGCGUGCCCGCCGUCUACGCCGUCGACGAGAGUGCCGGCUGGCUCAUGCUCGAGUGGAUACACGGCACGCCUGUUCGCGUCAACAUCAACGAGUGGUUGGGCGGCAGGACCCAGGGCAUCGACGACGACGAGCCUCUCAAGGGCCUUAUGCGUCGCAUCGGCGCUGCCCUCGGCCAGAUGCACAAGGUUGGCUUCGUGCACGGCGACCUGACGACGAGCAACAUGAUGCUGAGCCCGCCGGCCACGGGCGCCAAAGACGCCCUCGACGGAGACAUCAUCAUCAUCGACCUCGGCCUCGCCAGCGGCAGUGUCCAGGACGAGGAUCGCGCCGUCGACUUGUACGUCCUCGAGCGCGCCUUUGGCAGCACCCACCCGCGCGCCGAGUGCGUCUUUGGCGAGGUCCUCGAGGCGUACAGGCAGUCUUUCAAGCAGGCCCCCAUUGUCCUCAAGAGGCUCGAAGAUGUCAGGAUGAGAGGUAGAAAACGGAGCAUGAUCGGCUGA